CAAAUUUACAAUUACAAUCUCAAAUGGCUUCCAUUUUCAAGCUUCUUUCCCUCACUCUCUUCCUUGGCCUUGUUUUCCAAGCCUAUGGAGAAUGCACCUUGAAAGACAUUAGCAUUAACCAAUACAAAACAUCAAAUUUGGCACGUGGCAAGCCAGUGUGGAAUGUUAACAUAACAAACAAUUGCAUUUGUACUCAAACACAAGUGAAGCUUAAUUGCAAUGGAUUUCAAUCAUAUGUAAAUGUUGAUCCAACAAUCUUGAAUGUUUCUGGUAAUGAGUGUCUUCUCAAUCAAGGACAACCCAUUUAUCAUUCUCAAUCUAUCAACUUUUCCUAUGCGUGGGAUACUGUGUUUUCGUUCCAACCAAUUUCUUCUGAAAUUGAAUGUUCUUAGGAUUAUAACAAAAAAUCAUGUCUAAGUCCUGAAACCUAUGUGACCAAUAUGUGGCAAUAUAUCAAGAAAGUAUA